GUAUCACUUCGUGCAGAUUUGGCAACUAAGAAGGCUUUCCGGAUUAAAUCAUUAAACCAAAUCAUGAGGAUGUGUUCAGAUAUGAUUCUGCAGUGAACCCUCCCAGAAUUGGGCUCUGGUUGACUCAGGAUGAAUUAGAAGUGUAAUCUCUUUCUCCUUCUCCUCCUUCUUCUUCCGGCUUCUCCCAUUAGGGGUCGCCACAGCGGACCAUCAUGAAUUAGACGUGUAAUACACGUGGUAAACCCGGAACCGGUUUUACGACAGAUGUUUCCCCGAUGUCUCACAAGUGUUCAUUUUUAUUCCACCCACAGUGACAUUUAAAGCCUGAAAGAGCUUCCGUUUGCGUGUACAGCCAUGGAGGGUCAGCAGCACAUUUUCACUUACACCGACAAGGACUUCGUGUACGACGUGAGCCGGCUCGAUGGAGAGACUCCUGCUGCUUCCAGGUUUGAUGUCGCCCUGAAAAGCGGCUGGGAGGAGAAGAUGAGCUGCGGGCUUUUUAGAUAUAAUUUGGGCGAUUUGGAGACUCGCGUGUUAGCCGGUAAGUGUGGAUAUGUCGCUCAGCUGAACAUCCAGAGAGGCAUCGAAAGGAGGAAACCUCAGGACAUCACGAGCAUCAGACAACAGUUCGACCCGAAACAGUUCCACUUUAAUCAAAUCAAUUCGGCAGAAAUCUUGUUUGGGAUGCACAAAGCGGGAGUGACGUCAUCACCGAGAACCUCCGCGCAAAACGGAACAUGCGCGACGUGUGUUGUGAUCAUUAACGUGAGUCCGUUAGAGUUUGGUCACUGUCUGCUUCUCCCCGAACCUUCCCGGUGCCAUCCUCAGAUCUUAACCCCUUUAGCGCUCCAAAUCGGGAUCGACUCCAUGUUUCUUAGCGCCGAUCUCGGAUACAGAGUCGGAUUUAACAGUCUCGGGGCGUUUGCUUCCGUUAAUCACCUGCACCUUCACGGAUAUUACUUAAAUCACUCAUUACGGGUCGAGCGAGCCCGAACAGAACCGAUCCUUCCCACCAAGAGCUUUUACCGGCUUAUAGACUUCCCCAAAGCCUUCAUGUUUUACACGGACGGCCAGGAGGACACGUGCGCCCUCGCCGCCACAAUCUGCAAACUCACCGACCAUCUCGUAGAGAGAAAUAUCGCCCACAAUGUUUACAUGACCCGAGGCUCCCACCCGGACUACAAACACACAUCCGAGCCGUCAGUGCGCUUCGGUUUGCGUGUCUACAUCUGGCCACGAGUGUCGUGUUUCGGAGCGAAAGAGGAAUCAGCCUUUAACGUGGCCCUGUGUGAACUGGCCGGACAUCUUCCUUUCAAAAACAGUCAGGACUAUGAGAGCUUGGACGAGGAUGAAGUCAAAGCUAUAGUUCAGAGACACCUCCUUAGUGAUGAAGAGUUUUCUGACUUAGAAAAACAAAUUGUUAUAACCUUCAUAAACAGCAGUUGACCAGAGCAGAGUGCUGAAUGUGGUUUAAAGCUCUAAUGUGUAGUUGUGUUUCAAUAUGUUGUCUAUAAUAACAAGUGUUUCCUUAAAGGCAGCAUAGGACAAUAAAAUAUAUAUAUAUAUAUA